GUUUUGAAGGACUUAAUCAGCAGCUAGGAUUGUUAUAUAAGAGUGUUUGUGUUAUAGACACCCUCAUGCACAUUUCCUCUGCUAUUCAACACUGCUCAACGAAAUGGGUCUUCUAGUUGUCUUCGUUUUCAUUUUUGCAAUUGGCACUACGGUUCUAGCAGGUGGGGAGGACCAUACAAUUGCGCAAGCAGCUUGCACUGGAAUGGGCUCAGAAAAAAGAUACACCGCUGCAAUUCCUCGAGAACGAGGGGGAAAGUCAUGUCAGGAUAUUUGUAGUUCAGUGACCGACAUGGACGAGGAUAAUGACUAUCCCGGAACUAAGCCAUAUUGUAUCGAGGGGAUUCUGAUCUAUCAGAAAAAAGGACCAAAGGACACAUUGAACACUAAAUGGAUGAACACAUGGAAAUAUGGCACCAAGGGUUGUGUUCAAACAAAAUGGGGACCAAACUUCUGCUGUUGCUCAUUGUAACUGAUUGAACAAUAAAAAAGAAUGAUAU